ACCAAGGUAACCAGAGAGGAAAAGAGAGAGCUCAUCAUGUCCUCUUGGAGCCAAGAUCGAAACCAGAGCAAAUAUAGGGGCCUGGAUCCCCAUAUUUCUAGGACCCUGUUCCUGCUGCUGCUAUUUGUGGCCUCCAACCCCAACCCAGAUGCCUGCCUGGUAUCCCAGCCGAGCAACGGCAGCUUCGUCUCCUGCCACCCACCUGUCAAAUUGCUUCGCCACUUCCCCGCUGACACUGUCCACCUGGUCAUAGAGUUCUUCAACCUGACAGAACUGCCAGCCAAUGCCCUCCAGGGCAUCUCUAACCUUCAGGAACUGCACCUCUCUAGCAACCGACUGCAGAACCUUUCAGCCAAGUUUCUACUGCCUGUGCCUCAGCUGAAGGUGCUGGAUCUAACCCGCAAUGCCUUAAGCCAGCUGCCCCCGGGCCUCUUCCAGGUCUCUGCCGCCCUCCACACCCUGGUGCUGAAGGAAAAUCAGCUGGAAGGGCUGGAGACCUCGUGGUUGUGUGGUCUGAAAGCCUUGGGGCACCUGGACCUGUCUGGGAACCACCUCCGGACACUGCCCCCUGGGCUGCUGGCCAACUUCACUGAUCUGCGCAUUCUUGACCUUGGCAGUAACCAGCUGGAGACACUGCCCCCUGGCUUUCUGAAAGGCCCUCUGCAGUUGGAACGGCUACAUCUGGAGGGCAACAGAUUGCAGGCACUUGGAGAGGGCCUUCUGGCUCCCCAACCAGACCUCCGCUACCUCUUCCUGAGUGACAACAAACUGAGUGCGGUGGCGGCCGGCGCCUUCAGAGUCCUGCGGCAGCUGGACAUGCUGGACCUCUCCAACAACUCGCUCUCCAGCGUGCCCGAGGGACUCUGGACAUCCCUUGGGCAGCCUGCCCGAGACAUGGAAGAGGGCUUCGACAUCUCUGGGAACCCCUGGAUCUGCGACAAGAAGCUGAAUGACCUCUAUGCAUGGCUCGUGGCCAAUAAAGACAAGAUGUUCUUCCGGAACAACACACGCUGCGCCGGGCCUGAGGCCUGGAAGGGGCAGACGCUCCUGGCAGCGGCUGGGUCCCAUUGAGACCUGGGCUGGGGUGCAGGUGGCAAGACAUUCCUGGCCACACACAGCACCCCAUUUAGCCAACAAUCCCAUGUUCCAAGGGUAAAAUGCAGGCUUUCCAUAGUUGCCAAGUCCUUGGUGCCCUUGUUCUGAAAUGCAGUUGGGCCCUCCAGUCCAGCCUCCUUACCUUUACUUGAGCGGCAGAUGCUUCCUUUCCCCAGUUUCCCCGGUCUCUGUCUCUGAAGCUCCCUCAGGCCCAGCCCUGGCCACCCUGGGCUUGUGUCU